AUGGCGGCUUGUCCUUGUUGGACGUGGUUAUGUGACCGCUGGACGAUAUUACAGUUCUUUUUUCUUUUUUUUGAAGGUGGACUGAGACCGAUGGUCCUGCUGGGUGGGAUGGGCGCUUAUAUGGCAUGGGUGCCACCAUCCUGUCUGUGCUCAGCUCAUGUUCUGGCAGUUGGAACUCCUGGUCAGGAGUGGCUGGACAAGGCCAAAGUAGUUUGCAAAGAUGACAAAUACAUAUUACAGGAUGGUAUUGGAAGUAAAAUAGCUAAGAAAAUUGAUGAAUUUCUUGAAACAGGAAAACUCCGAAAACUAGAGAAGAUACGUGCAAAUGAUGAUAACAAGGCAAUUGCUGAAUUAACUAAAGUAUCAGGAAUUGGACCAUCAGCAGCAAAGAAAUUUGUUGAUGAAGGAAUAAGAAACAUUGACGAUUUAAGAAAAAAUGAACAUAAAUUAAAUAAGCACCAGAAAAUUGGGCUAAAAUACCUUGAAGAAUUUCAACAAUCCAUUCCACGAGCCGAAAUGGAGAAGAUGGAGAAAAAAGUUAAAAAGGAGAUAAUGCGGUUAGAUGAUAAAUAUGUUGUAACAGUCUGUGGAAGUUAUCGUAGAGGAGCACCUAAAAGUGGAGAUGUAGAUGUUUUAUUGACCCACACAGAUUUUACUUCAAAAUCAAAACAAGAAAAUAAUUAUCUGAAAGCAGUUACUGAUAGAUUAGAAGAAUACAAGUUUAUUACAGAUAUUAUACAUCAAGGAAAAACUAAAAGUACUGCUGUGUGUCAGUUAAAAAGUAAAGAUGAAAAUCAGCUUCACAGAAGAAUUGAUAUCAGGUUUAUUCCUCAUGAUCAGUAUUAUUGUGGAGUGCUAUAUUUUACUGGAAGUGACUUGUUCAAUCAGGAUAUGCGUGCAAAAGCUCUUGCAGAAGGCUUUACAUUAAAUGAAUAUACAAUAAGACCUGUUGGUUCCACAGGUGUUCCUGGUGAACCAUUACCUGUUACUUGUGAGAGAGAUAUUUUUGAAUAUAUAAAUUAUCCUUACAAGAAACCAGAAGAAAGAAACAGUUAAAAUUUGAUUUUUGAAACUUUAUUUAUCAAAAUUGUGUUUGUUUACAAAUUUUGUAAUUGAUUUUUUUAAAAUAAGUCUUUAUGUACAAUUUAAUUUAUAUAAAUGAUUAAAUCAUUGAUAUACAGUACGGUUGUGAUUUAUGCAAUCUUAGUGUUUUCAAAAGUAAAUGAUCUUUUUAAUAGAAAAUUUUGAUAAUUCUCAUUGCACAAAAAAAACAAGGAAAUAAUUGACUAACUUUUCAUAUAGGCAUAAAAUCUUAGCAGUUAAUUUUAUUACUCAAAAUUCACACUUUACAUUUGCAGUUGAUUUAUUUCUAAAGUAGUAAAAUACAAUUUUAACUUUAUAUGAGGGAAAAAAUUUUCUUUUUAAACAUGUAAAUUUUAGUUACAAAUUCCAUUUUUAUUUUAUAUUUUAUUGAUAACUAACAUAUUUACAGAAAAUAUGCUUAAAAAUUAUGUUUAUGACUAAAAUUUAUAAAUGUGUUUCUUCUCAGUAUAAUUCAUUUCAGUUUGCAUGAAUCUCUACACACACACUCCAAAAAUAUAAUCUCUGUAUAAAUCAUGAUUGCACUGUAAUUGUUAUUAAAUUUAAAAUUUGUAUAUAUGUUUUUUUAAAUAUUUUUUAUACCAUUUUCUUGUAUAUUUUACAUAAAUCAUGAUUAAAAGCAAUAAAUAAUAUCUAAAACACUAUUAGUUUCAACAGAUUGUACUAAACAGAUCUUGCAAACUAUUGAAAAUUUGAGUGUGUAAUCUAAAAUAUCAAUAGUUAGAACUCUUUAAAUACUUAUAUAUAUUACUAGAAUUUUGUUUGGAGUCAUAUAGAACUUGAAUGCCAUAUUUAAGUUAAAAAGAAUGUAAACAUGAUAUUGCAUAUUUGAUAGUAUUUAUAAUGUUACUAUAUGAUUUAAAACAACAAUGAAAGGAUAAUUUUUUUAAGAUUUUUAAAUAAGUAUUAUUUAUUAUUUUAAUCUGAAAAUAAUUAAUAUACUUUUAAAUUUAUAUAUAUGUAUAUAUAUUAAAAAAUAAAUAUAUUAUUAUUCAGUACCAUUGUUAACAGCAGAGCACAAACUAAUAGCUUUACUGCCUUGGUCAUCUGGAACUUGAAACAUUUUAAGAGUAUAUUAAGCUUAACUCUAGAAGAUCCAAUUGCCCAUCAAUUCAUUAGGAAAAUAAUAAAAUAGAAAUAAGCAGUCUUGGACUGCUUACAACUACUAUCAUAUAUAGCAAGGGUCACCAAACUUUGUUUACAGUGGGCUAGAUGAUAAAGAAUGAUGAGCGUGAUAACCAUUUUGUUCAAUACAACACACUGAAUACACAAAAGAUAAAGACAACCAACAUAUUUAUUUACCAAUACACAAACACGAUCACUACAGCAAGCUCGUAAUUACUUUUCUGAGAAACUUCAUUGCAGGUACACAAAAAGUGCACUGAUAUCCAAAGUCG